AUGACCAAAAAGACCAAUAACAAGAACAAGAAUACACCAACUCAAAAGAAGAAAACUACUACUCCCUCUUCUCAUUCCGCAACCCAUCAUAAAUCCACGGAGCAGCCAAAACCUGUGAUUGAGGCUCAUCAUGAUGAAGAAGUGGAACAACAACAACCAUCAGAAGUUCAAACACCACCAUCAUCCGAUGAGAUGAUCCAAAUUUCAGAAACAACACAUACAACUACUACUACUGAAAAGACUGAUACAACACCAAUUUCAUCACCCGUGGAUCAAGAAGAGUCUUCAACCACUCAGGAAUCAACCACUGAAAGUAGCGUUACGGAACCAGUUGAAGUAAAGGAAGAGGUGAUUGUAGCAUCGUCCGAUGAUGCUUUGUCCUCCACUGUUGUUCCUGAAUCAACACAUGAGCCUGUUUCUGAUGAAGCUUCUAAACAAGAGGAACAACAACCUGCAACUCAAGUUGAGGAAACUCAAGAGUCAUCAUCUCAAGAACCACAGGUCAUGACAGAAACAACCACUCCAGAAGAAUCAUCACCUUCAACAGCACAAGACAGUGAAGCUGACAAUCUCAUUCAAUCCACAAUCUCAACCUCGGACUAUGUCAUGGUCAAUAGUGUGCAAGCUUUGAGCGAGAGCAUGAUGCAAAAUUUGAAUGAAGACGCUUCAAGCCCACCAUCUUCAUUGACAAACUCUCUCAUGAAUACAUCAACGACAGUUGAAUUAAAUUCCGAUGCUAUUCAAGUGAAGGAGGAUCAUUUUGAAUUGAACGAAGAUUUGGGUAAAAGUGUUGAGUUUGGAAAUAAGGAUGAGGAAAAACCUACCAAUGAAGCCAUUCAGAACGUUGAUGCAACCUCGACUGUUGAAGAAUCUCAACCUGUCACUCAAAAUGUGGAAGAUUUAAUUGAAUCAUCACCCGUAGUGGUUGUGGAAGAAAUUAAAGUUGCUGCUGAACCAAUUCCUGAAACAGCUGCAUUAGAAGCCACAACAUCUACUCCAGAAGACAUUUUACAAAAAGUAUUGUCAAGCACUGAAAUUUCACCAGAAACUUCUCAGCAAGAAGCACCUAAAGACGCCAAUGAUGACGUGACUCCUUCAUCAACAGCCACUCCUACACCAAAUGAAACAAAACCAGUGAACAGUGCAACUACUUCCACAGCUUCCGUAAUUGAUGAACAGUUAUUGGAAAAGUUAUCGAAUGAAUUCUUUGGGGAAAAAUCAGAAAUUAGAAGUGUAGUUCAUGAUAAGGCUGAAACAGUUGAUUUGUAUCAUCAAUACAGAGAACAAGAUGAAAAGACAAAGAAGAAGAAAUUAGCAAGUACUGCCACAACAACGACGGCCACCACUACUGCUACUACUUCAAGCACUACAACAACCACUCCUAAGAAAACUGUAACUACUGUAACCAAACCAAAACAAAGUGGAUCAUCCUAUGGAUGGUUAUUAGGAGUUGGAGCUUUGGCUGCCAGUGCUGUCAUUGGAAUUUUUGCUGCCAGAAAAUUGAAAUUCUUCUAA